UUAAAAUACAAUUGAUAAUAAUCUAGAAAUUUUUAUAUUUUUAUUUUUAUAAUUAUUACAAACUAAUAAUUUUCCAAAUGAUCGUUCUUUCUUAAGUCGAAUAGUAUGUUAUUCGUCGUUAUUGUAUAUAACGAAGAAAUCGUUGAUCGACUCAUUGCGACACAUAAUUACGAGAUAUCUGCUUUUAGUAGUGUUUUCGGAUCGUCUACUUUCAAUUAAGCGUCAUUCGUUCUAACUAUCCCGUUAAUUAAUCCAAUUAAGAGUCAUUUGCUCUUGGUACUCUAUAUUCUUAACAUGUUUUUGCGAACGGAAUUAGAAAUGAUAACGUUUUAUUUCCUGCGAUAAUUUGAAGAAUCGAUAUUGAAACGAUAUCAUUAUAAAAUAAUAUGUACGAGUCACUUAUCAAUGGUUGAUAAUUUAUAUUAUAAUUUUAUAGCGAGGAAUGUGAUAAAGUGAAGCUUUGAAAAAAAAAAGUGUAAAAAUUUCAAAAUUUCCAAUCGAUACACACGUUAAAUAUACUUUAUUAAUUUCCUUUGUUUUUGAUUUUUUUUUCUUUUUUUUUUUGUUUUUAAAUUAACUAAUUAUUGGCAAAGGAUUAAAAUUGGAUACGUUUAAAAAUCGAUGUUAUUCUCUAAAGAGAUAAUUUUAUUAAUUAUUUUCCAUUUCAUGUAUAUUUGACUUAUUUCUAAUAAAAAAAACAAAAAAAAGAAAAAAGAAAAGAAAAAAUCUAUUAUAUUCUAUUCUAUUGUGACUUGAGAUAUGUGAGUAUUGAGCAAAUAAAACAAACUGAAAACAAGCUCAAACGGAAAUAGCAAAGAGAAACUAGUAUUAAAGCUAUGCAGGUUUUUGGCAACUAAAAUCAAAGAUCGUAAACUACCGCUGUAAUUUCAGCACUAAAAUCGUUGCCAAAGGAAGAGAGAAAAAGAGAAGGAGAAUGAGAGAGAGAGAGAGAGAGAGAGAGAGAGAGAGAGAGAACAUACUUAUAUAUAAUACAUAGCAUUCGAGCACGUGGGAAUAUAUGUAUUUCUCGAACAGGUCGCGUAGAAGAUCGUGUGUAAUGUCGUGUGUAAUGUUGCAAAAUUGCACUGAGCUUGAUUAGGUGUAUUUGAACACGCGAUCCCUACGAGCUACUUCCACGGUCGAUUGAUUAAAUACUCGCAUUCGUCCGCAUGCGAAAGUAGGCUUCUACUCGAUAAUGUCAACAAGCUAUAUUGAUUUUCAUCUUGACAAAAAUGAAAUCGUUUGGAUCUAAAAAAACUAACGAAAACGAUCAGAUUUUAGCAUUUCGAACAAAUACAAAAAUUUGAAUUCGUCGACAUUUCGUGCGAAAUCACAAGCGCGCGCACAUUUGUCCUGCUACAAGCAUCAAACUGAAAUAUGGAGCUUUUGGUACCAACAGUUUCAGAUAUCAUUUUCAAAUAUACCUGGUCUAUUGCAAAUUAUAAGAAAACUAUUUCGAAAAAUAGCUCGAUCGAUAGUCCAUCUUUUGAAUUGAACGUAAAUGGUAUUCAAAGUACAUGGAAUUUAUCUAUUAGAUUUUGGAAAGGACCCGAAGGCAAGAGAAUCAAAAAUCCAGUAGUAUUGUGUUUGAAUAUAUUGAAUUGCAUCGUAAAGGAGGCUGAACAAGUAAAAAUACGUUUUCAAUUUGCUGUAUUCAAUGCCAAUGUUAAACAUUGGGAAUAUUGCCAUGUUAGCAGAACCAUAUUGGAAUUAAAAUCAAAUAGUGAUAUUAUUUCACUUGGAUAUAGAGAUUUGUCCAUCGUUGACAGACACCUGAAGAAAAAUGGCGAGAUCGACUUGAUGGUAAAAAUACAAAUAAUACAAUGUGAAAGUGAAAAACAUAAUUUGUCACAGGAUAUGGCUAGAUUAUUGAAACAUUCACGUACAGCUGACACUAAACUAAUUUGUGGUGGAUUGGCUGGCAUAGAAAUACCAGUACACAGUAGCAUAAUAACUGCUCGUAGCAAUGUUCUAGCAGAAAUGUUAUCUCCUGUAUCCGUUUAUCCAAUAAAAACUGAGUUGGAAAGAAUUGAAAAUAACGAAUUGGAAAGAGAUGAAGAACAGAAAGGAUAUAAGGAAGAUCAAUAUUUAUAUUCAUUGGAAUUAUUAGACAUUUCUAAGGACACAACGGAAGAACUUCUACGUUAUAUUUACAGUGAUCAUGUCGAUAAUUUGGAUAAUCUUGCAUCUCAAUUGUUAUGUUUGGCAGAACGUUUUUGUUUACAAGGUUUAAAAGAACUUUGUGAAAGAAAUUUAAUAGAAACUAUAACUCCAUAUAAUAUAGCUAAUCGAUUGUUAUUAGCAGAUGAAUUUGGUUGUGAAGUAUUGAAAAGAGCUAGCUUGGUUUAUUGCGAAGAAAAUUUAACAGUACUUAAUAAAAGUUUAGCUUGGAAAAUGAUGGAACAAAUGAAUCCUGAAUUAUUCAAUGAAGUUUGCGAAGCUGGAAUAGGAAGUUCUAGAUCUAGUAACAUAGAUGAUAGUGAACUGAGUAAUUAAAUUUAGUCUAUUAUUCUACUUCAAUGGAUAAGUUUAAGUGAUAAUACUUGUGAUUAUUACUUAAACUGUUGUUUUUUUUUUAAGAUGAUAUCAUCAUUUUUUUUUUUUUUUAAGUUUUAUAAAGCAUUUGAAAAAUAUUUUAAUUUCUUUUAUCUCAUAUCAUUAUAUUCAUAUGACAAAUUUUAAAAUAUUUAUAUAUUUAUAUACUUUACAAGAAGGAAUAACAAAUUAUUUCUUAAAAAAAAAAAAAGAAAAGGAAGAAAAAUAUAAAACAAAAUUGUUCACUUGUAGAGUAGUAUGAAAUCUAGUGAACAUUGAAUUGUUUGUGCUCUAAAACCAAAAGAUUUUGUAAACAGUUACAAUGUGUUAGACUUGUAUAUUACAGAUAUAGUUUUAUAAUGUAAAAAAUAAAUACAAAAAAUCAUAUAGUAUACACCUAUUACUUCAGCUAUGUACUAAAAUCUAUUAUGUUUGUAUUUUGCUGCUACUGUGCAGCAAAUAGUUUUCAUCCUUAUUAUUUGUUAUAUAAAACAUAAAAACUCUUAUAAAUUUCA